UAUAACUGGGCAGAUUUCCUCCUAGGCUACCUUGUAAUUGGAAUGGAGAGUUGGAACAGAACAACAACAACAUUUUUUCGAGGAUCACUAAUCUUUCUCACUUUGUUAUAUGUCGACCGUGUGAGGUACAAAGGAAUGAACCUGGUUGAUAGACAAUUUCCUUCCUACAAUGGUUGGACUCUAGAAAUGUUGAGACAAAGACAAGAAAUUGAGGUGAUUGACGGAGCUUUUGGAGUUGGAUCAAUCCAACCAAGUUUAAAAGAAUAUCUACAAAAAAUUGAUCCUUCUGAACCUCCAAAGACAAAGGUAAAUGAUAAUGAAAAUGGAGCCUGGGAUACGUGGCAGUAUUGGUCAGAGGUGGAUAGAAUUGAAAAAGAUUACCUGAAGAGAAAGGAGUCAACAUCACAACAACAUCAUGAAUCAACUCAGUGCCAAAGUCCACAAAAUACACAGUAUUACACUCCUCCAACAGAGGCAGCUGAUGGAAAUGUUGAACAAACUGAAGAGGAUGUACUUCAUGAUUUACGUAAAAGGGCAGAGGAACUUGUGGACAUAAAGUCCAAAUUUGAUGAAGAUUUAGUGAAAGCAAGGGAAAAGUUUCCCGAUAAUAAAAACUUUGCUAUUAUCGGUGAAAUGCUGAAAGAAUAUCUCAUUCCUAACCAGGAAACUGGUGAUGAUUUGGGUGAUGAAUUAUCACCUGAAAUAGUCGCCAGCCUAGAAGUUGUUGAACAAAUGGACAGAACCGACAUUGAGAUCCUUGCUGAGCAACAGAAAGAUGAUGAGAGAUAUGUCCCUUCUUUUUCCCUUGGCCUGGAUGACAUAGAAAAAGAAAGCAAUCAAAAUUUGGUCACGCCAGAGCCAGAACCACAAGAGAGAGAAAAAAGCAAGCGGACAAAGAAAGUAGGUCCAUAUCAAAAAUCACCUUAUGUCAACAGGGUGAUUGAUAUCAAGGAAAGAAUGAACAAUGAAGACUUUGGAUAUUGGGUCUUCUUGUUAAAGAAAAAGGGCGAGCUAUUGGAUGAUUUGUUUAGAUGGGAGGAAGUUAGAUGUAUCAAGGAACACUUGUUGACGCUGAAACCAAAAACAAGUGUAUACUACUCUGUGAUUGAUACAUGGGCAACAAUCCUAAAUGACAGUGAAAAGUACAAGGCAGAUGGGUCACCACUAAGACUUUUCUGCACAAUAGGAGAUUUGAUUUUCAGCAUUGAUCCAGAAAAGAAAGUCACCGAAACUUAUGAUUCGUUUGCCAGGGGGAUGGACAAGAUUCUUCAAACUUUUUCCAUCAAAAAAGUGGAAGACGUGGAAAUGGUGUGCUUUCCUAUUAAUAAAUAUGAGCAUUAUUAUUUGGUAUGCUAUGGUAUCAAAACCAUGGGAUACUUUAUAAUUGACAAUAUUAAACGUGAAGCACAGCCUAAGAUGUACUAUAGCAGAGUUUUGGAGGUUUUGCAUUCUCACUUUUGCAAUUAUAUAAGUAGGAAUGAAAAUCCAAAUUUGGGAUCAAGAGUGCGGAAAAUGAAGCCUCGUUUUGUGAAAAUGCCAUGGCAGACUACUGACAAUUCCACAGAUUGUGGUAUCUUCCUCAUGCGCCAUAUGGAAACCUUCAAAGGAGAUGUCAAAAACUGGAACACUGACUUAACAGAAGAAGGGCCAACACAGGAUAAACAAAUAACUAGGCUGAGGUUCAAGUACAACACAGCAAUCCUAUCUUCACACCUGAAUGAACUCAAAGAGCCUAUCACCACAGAAGCUGUAGGCUUGUACAACACAGCAGAAAAGCAUAAUAUCAUCAAUGUCGUCCUGGCUGGAAAAGUUGCAGAGAAGUUUCCAGCAAAAAAAUCUGGCAAGAGAGUGAAAUUCGCCGUGAACUUAAUAAGUUCUUUCCACGAAGUAGAACGGUCUUCUCAAGAAGGACCAACUCCUUCUUAGAUUUAGUCAUUGUUUAAGUGCACUGUUUGAGAAUAUUAGAAACUGAUUUACAAGAAUUAUUAGAUGGCUGAAUUAUGUUGAGACUAAAAAUUGAUUUACUGGAUUGUUUUUGUAUGGAUAUGGUUAUUUUAG